AUGUCGUGGCAAUCUGGGUCAGAAGUCGAACCGCCGCAACCGGCGCCGGCUUUGGCGCAACAGCAGCAGCAACAGCAACAACUACAGCACCAGCGCCAUCGCAACAGCCAUUCGGAAGAAUUUGAGUCAGCAGUCGCUGCCGUCAUUUCGCGAAUCAAGAUUGACAAACCCUCCUCAUCGAAUGUUGAGUCGGCGCCGAAGCCGCCUCUCCCGGCGGCAGCGCGCGAUCCGGCAGAAUUUUUUAUUGGAGAAGCUCCGACGGCGCCGCGUUUCGCGGCGGGAUAUCAGGCCCAUCUUCAAAAUGACGCUGGAAGCCCUUGGGACAACCCAAGCGUACAUUCCACGGGGGAUAUGAUUGUGUCUCCGUCGGCGACGGGUUUUUUCCGCCAAAACCGCUUCGGCGCGCCGCUAGUGCGUCCUUCUAGCGCGGGGAGUUCCCGCGGAGGCAGUUCCGCCGGCGGCGGGAGUUUCCGCGCGCAGCGUGGCGACGCGUCGCCGCCAGCGUUUAAUAUCCCUUUAACUACCACUCACACGCAAAAGCAGCGCUGGCCGGACAGCCACGGUGCGCAAACCCUAAGCGCGUGGCUCCAACGAACCAGCAGCUCAGGCUCGGGAUCUGGCUCGGAAGGCAAAACAGCGCAAGAUCGCUCGGCGCUGCAGCGGUGCGCUUCGGCGCCGCACGAACGCAACGGCGGCGGCGGCGUGAAUUCCGACAGCGCGCCGCGCGGCGGCGGCAUCGAAGCGCGCGAGGUGGCGGCGACGCUGCAAGCCGCCGCCGGCGGGAUACAGCAGGAAACCGAGGAGGAGCGCUCGAUAAAGCGCCGACUUCUAAACCGCGAAUACGCGAAGCGGUCGCGGCAGCGACAGCACGAGCGGUUCGUGGAGCUCGAGGCGCAGGUGAAUUCCAUGGCGGCGGAGAAACGCGCCGCGGACCAACGGCUUCAGGAGAUGGAACAGGCGCUGAUGAUCCUCCAGGGUGAAAACGCGCGUUUGCGGCAAAUAGCCGCGGGGCGCUACAGCCGCGACAUGGCGGAGAUACUCCGCGCGAUACAACAGGCGGGGGGGUUUUCCGCGGAGGCGGCGGCGGGGCUUUCCGCCUCGGGAGGAGGGGUUUCCGCGGGAGGACCUGCGGCGCAAGUAGUAGCGUCUCCGCAAACAGGCUUCGCUCGCGACACUCGCGACGUUCGCGACGCUCGCGGUUUCUUAGAGGAAGGCGCGUCCGCGGCCGCUUCCGCUUCCGCUUCCGCCCCCGCCGCCGCCGCAGCAGCAGCAGCAGCGCGAGCAGAGUUACGGCUCAACGCCGCGGGCGCGUUUCCUGGCGCGAGCAGCUAUCAGGGGACAGGACUCGCGGGGACAGACACUGGGACCGCGAUUGGGGGAAGCUGGCCGCGCAUUUCUUCCGCCCCUGCACCGGAAUACGCGAGCGGAGCCCAUGCUCCGCCCGCGCCAGGUCGGGAAAGGGGGGCAUUUCCCCCUGCACCUGUGCAAGCUGUGCCAUCGAUUGAGGGUUUUUUCGGGCUGCCCGGAGAAGCAAGGCUGGGCGGCGGAGAUUGCGCGGUGGGUAAUUUUCCCCAACUGAAGACAGAAAUGAGAUGA